GUUAGCGAUGGCGGUUGCUAGCUACCGUUAUUUAGACAGUUGGUUAUCUCGCUUUAUAACACGGUUAUAGUUUUAAAAAAAAUGUGAUAUUGAGUUUUAGAAAUGUUGUUUUUGGGAGCGAAUGAAGUGUGUGACAGUGACAGGAGUUAAAACGGUUGUAAUUUUGCCGGAAACCGGGAAUUAACCUGCUGCUAGCUAAAUGUUAUUAGCCUGUUAGCUAUUUGGCGUCUUCACGCGACAGUUAAUCCUAACGCCCACCUGCGUUACCUGAGCCUGUCAUUGCAUUUGUCACCCGGGUGUCCGAGGUGAAGUAGGCAGUACCGUUAUCUGAGGCAGCUGUAGAGUAGCGAUGCCUGGCUUUGGAUUUGAUAAAGAAGAGUCGGACAGACUGAUCGAGAAAGCAAAGCUGUGUCUCAGAGCAGGACAGAAGGAGAAAGCCCUGCAGAUGUUAUAUGAAGCACAGAAAAUCUACCCCAGCACCCGAGCCCGAGUCCUCAUUGAUGCUAUCGUGAAGAAUGGGAGUGCUGCCGCCCCGGAGACCGAGCGAACAUACACACCGCCGCCUGGGUGGAGGAACACGGAUGAGGACAUCCCCAGCCAGCAGCAGCACCACCGUUACAGCACAGGAGGCGCUGGUGAGGUGUCCAGCGAUGACAAGAAGAGUUAUACUGAAGAGCAGAGACAGGGAGUCCUAAGAAUACAGCGAUGUAAAGAUUUCUAUGAGAUUCUGGGUGUGCCGAAGGAUGCCAGCGAUGAGGAUCUGAAAAAGGCCUACCGCAAGCUUGCGCUACGCUUUCACCCAGACAAGAACUGUGCUCCUGGAGCUACAGACGCUUUUAAAGCUAUUGGUAAUGCCUACGCAGUGCUGAGUAACCCAGAGAAGAGGCAGCAGUAUGAUCAAUAUGGAGAACAGGGUGCCACAGAGACAGCUAGUCACUCCUCAGCCCAGCCUCGUUAUACUCACACACACCACCGAACCUUCCACAGGGACUUUGAGGCUGACAUCUCACCAGAAGAGCUCUUCAACAUCUUCUUUGGUGGCAGGUUUCCAACAGGAAACAUUCAUGUAUACACAAACAGAGGAGCUUCUUAUUCCCAUUUCUACCAGCCACGCAGACGGCGUGCGUAUGAGAGACGGGAGGAGGAAGUACAGGAGAACCGCAGCCAGAAUACAUUCACAGCUUUCCUGCAGCUUCUGCCUGUCCUGGUGCUCAUCCUCAUCUCUGUAAUAACCCAGCUGAUGGCCACUAACCCCCCUUACAGUCUUUUCUACAAACCCUCCAUGGGUUUGGUGGUGUCCAGGGAGACGCGGCAUAUGGGCAUACAGUAUUAUGUAGAUAAGAGCUUUGAGAAGGAGUAUCAUGGGGUAGCACUGGAUGAACUGGAGAAAACCAUCGAGAGUGACUACAUAGACCAUCUUCAGAGCAGCUGCUGGAAAGAGAAGCAACAGAAGUCGGACCUGGCUAACCUGGGUCAGCUUUAUCGGGAUGAGCGGCUGAAGCAGAAAGCCGAGACCAUGAAGCUGGACCACUGCGAGAAGUUGCACCGCAUUAUAGGACGCCAGAGGGGCAACUAAUGGAGGACCUCCUCUAUCAAAUAACAUGGUCUUACCCAGAUAUAAAAGGUUUUAGUGUCUGUGAUUAAUCUGUGCAGUGAUUUAAUCACUUUAUUUAGAGAGAGAGAGUUUAUUGGAAAUGCGGUGCCAUUUAGUCCUGCUGAACAGGUAAUGGCACCAGCAUGCUGAAUUGCACUGGAGCUGCUGGAAGUGAACAAUUCGGUCAGCUUUUUGCGACAGUGAAACGUAGCCUCAUCGCAGAGGACGUGUUUUUGUGUAUUUGUGCGAGAGCUGGGUUUUACUUCCUUACAUUAAGGAAUUUAGGCUCCAGAUGCACGGAUACUUAGAUUCUUCUGUAUACACUCUAAUUUAAUAUGCCUGAGUUUUACUAGUAUAGUACAUAGUCAAUAUAAAAUAACUUAAUUUGAUUCAUAUUUAUUUAUUUUUCUUUUUAUGUGCACAGAGUUAGAUUUAAUUGGGGUUAAUCAGGAGUUGAACGCUAGGAAUUUUUUUUUUUCUUCUUUCCUUGCUGACCUAUAAAAGAUGAAUGCAGACACACAGCCCUAAACCACUGCUUUUAAAAGCUCUUCCAGAUUAGUGCAAGGUGUUUGCAUAAAGGUGAAAAUUACUUUAUUGGAUUUACUUUCCGAAGUGACGUAUUAAUUCAUGCGUGGUGUCACAGGGCAUUAAUACUUAAGUCUUUUGUAUUGUGAAGACAUUUUUAUGCUCUGAAAACCUUACCAAAAGCUAUUACAUUAGUCAUAAUCUUUUAAUAUCAAAUUUUAGAGAAACCCCCCCCCCCCUUUUUUUUUUUUAAGGUGCAUGCAAUUCACUGGGAGUUUUGCUUUGUGUUGCACACCGUGAUCAUUGCAGCAGGUUUAGUCUAGACCUCCAUGCUUUUCAUGUACGUUAACUGCAAACUCCUUACAAUUUGAAUUUGUAGACAUUAAUAUGUUGUCCCUUAUGUUAAGUCAACGCUAGUCCUGGAAUUUUUAAUGUGAAACUUUAACCUGUAGGGCAGUUAUGGUUAAUUCUCAGCAGUGCAACACACACUUCAUAUCAGGAACUGGACUGAGUAUUAUUAGGAAUGGAGAAUUAAUAGAGCUCCGGUGAGUUGUAGCAGUGCUGUUGCUCUGUAGCCAGACCAGUGUGAUUGGUUAGUUGGGGCGGAGAGAGAUUUUGUGCUGAUUUAAUAAAACACUAACCAUUCUCUUCUCCUGAACUCUACAAAUAAAAUAAUUACUAUAUGGUUCUAAUAACAACCAGAGGUGGACAAAGUACCCAACUAAGUUACUUAAGUCAAGGUACGGAUCCCACUGGUCAAAUGUUACUCGGAUACAAGUGAAAGUUGUACGGUCAAAUUUUUACUCAAGUUAAAGUACUGAAGUGCUUGCUUUUAAAAAUACUUAAGUAUUAAAAGUACAUUUUCUGUCAACACAUCAUUGUAUUAUUGCCACAGCGCUUACAAUACCUAAUACCUCUGAAGUAACUGACUGGAUUUACUGACUAGCUUGUAGAAUAAACGCCUGGUAGAAUGUUACAAAAUGAAACACAACUGAAAAAGA